GCAACGUUGCACAUUCUGGGGGGCAUUCUAUCGUAUUCUCAGCAGGCGAUAUGAAUGGCUCGUGUUCGUCCCUGUUCCGCGUAAGGAUCAUGGCACGAGUGCCGCAAGGAUAGGGCGCUAUGCCUCUUUGGUAAACCGCCAAAGAAAUAUAAACACUUAUUAUACCAGAGCGAGUCAAGUCGCCUGCAGGUGAAGGCGUGUUGCCCAUCUUCGCCCUUGUCUGCCAUCUCAGGCUGUUCUAUCCUCCCUCAGUGCUUCACAAUGACCUCAAGCAAACGGGCUACAGAGCCCGCUCAGGUCGACCCGUAUCAGGCUCUGGACACCGCUCAGCCCAGUCGACAAGCUACGACUGGUAAGUUCCGUGGUAAAGCGAAACAGCCCAAGAAAGUAGACAGAGACGAACGCCAACGCGAAGAAAUCCGCUUUAACCUUGGCUACUCUUUUAGAGAUACCCGCAGUGGCGCCAGCGCCCGUCGCAGACAAGCAAGAGUGCGAGAAGAUGGCGAUACUUCGGAUUAUCCACCGCCUCCAACUUACGAGGUAGCGACUAGUCCUACCUUGUCCAGUCUUGCUUCAUCUGCGCUUGCUUCAUCUACAUUCGUGGCUGGGGUUCAUAUGCACCCGGAACACUUUCCUGUCUCAAAUCGCACCUCCUCUUCGGGCUCUACACAGCCCUCAGCUACGCAUGAUAACGUCAUUAUGCACACAGAUCCACUGUUAUCCGCAGUCCCAGUGACUCCUCUAUCAAUGUCAAUACCUACACCUGCAUUAUCGCCUUUGAUGAUGCCCUUGCCAACGCCGAGUCCCACGCUUGCGCAUGCGCCGAAUCUUUCAUCAGGGUCUUGCACCUUCCCGGUGCCAGCACAGCAGAAGGCACUACUUGAUGACGAUGAGUCAAGCAUAGAACUCGUGGACGUAGAUCCACCUCAGAGAUGGGAAAUGGAUCGACAACGUGGAGUUCCUCUCGAGGAAAGGGUGACGAGGCACCAUCAGCGGUCGGUGGAAUCACAUGUUCCAGUCGUGGCGCAGCGGGCCCGAUUGUUUAGUCAGGCUCCAAAACGAAGCCCUACUUCUCAGUCUCGUUUCGCGAACUCUCGAUUGUCACUCAGGAUUCCUGAGGAUCAAGAUCCGUAUUCUGACGACCGCAGCGUGCAGGCAGCAUCUGAUGUAUCCUCCCCAGUUACGCCUAAACACAAGCUGCCUCUAGCUAGCAUUCCCCUUUCUCCAUCGAGGAUAUUUCAUAGAUCUCAGUCACCACAGCCCUCAUCAUCUGUCAUCUCAUUGUUGCGCAACCCCAGUCCAUUCUUCAAGAGCACACCUUCACUCCUCAAUCUAUCUUCGCCUUCCGCACUUCAUAGUCACGGGGAUCACCACUUUUCUCGAAAGCUCUUUCAUCGGAAGCAGAAAGAGCGCGCAGGUGCUGAACCCUUAGAGGACUGGGAAGUCUUGGAUCGCACCGACUCCUCACAUUCCUCUUUGGAAGACUCUCCUGCUCACCAUAGCCCUCCGAGCCCGGUUCCUGCAUCAAGCUCAGGCUUUGCAGAGACUUGGCCUUAUCCCGAUGUCUUCACACAAGAUUCCCGCAGCUCAAAUACAAGUCGACACCCAUACCGCCCUAGCAUUCGAACUGUACUUCCGGCUGAAGAUCGUCCUCAACGUCCAGCUUCUCCUCCAUUCGUAAACCGACAUGUUCGGAGGCGUACGAGUUCCAGCCUUCGUAGCGAUCACACGUGCGCAUCGAGCGCCCCAGUAUCCCCAAUUUCUUCGUCUUCCGCGUCCCUCUUUAGCUCUUCGAGCUUGUCGUUGGCCACGGUAGGAAGGACACUUCCAUCCUUCUCUCAACAGGAUCUUGGCGUUUGCGAGGAAUUGGGUAGAUCUCGCCCCCCUACCCGUGGGAUAACGUUGAGGGACUCGCCAACCCUAUCAUCCCUAUCCUUAACCCAACCUUCAGUGGGAAGGGCACUUACCUCCUUCUCGCAGAUGGACUUAGGCACUCAUCAAGCUCAGCAUGACCAUGUUCGUUCACAUUCGACGCCUCGUGCUGUUACUCAACCUGAGCUUCCGAGGGCUACCCGCACGCAUGCCAGAGCUUCUCCGACGUCGGCUUCAGAAGUCACUUACAUUGACUAUAAUGCGACGCCCGCUACACCCAUCCCAGUGUCCAAUAACUCGUUGCCUACCAGGUCUGCAACAGAGCGAGUCUCGCGUCGUCGGACUCCAGCCCGCCGCGAGGAGAUCCUCAUUCAUCGUGGACGGUCCUUGUCGCGGGAGUUGGAGAUGCGAAAUGCACCUGCGUAUAGUGCGAUCUUUCCCUCGGGACCGCCUACCCCGCCCCCAGAGUCAGAGUCACAUACCCCUCCGUAUAGCCCUGCCCCUGCAUCACCUCGGCGUCACUACGCAGGCCGUCCUCUACCCCAGACCCCCCCAUUAACAUCACCGUCUCUUACAUGGCUUGUGGGCCGUACACCGGAUUCGAAGGCUUCUACCACUAUUACGGUCUUACACCACCCCAGGGCUAUUGCUAAAAACCUGCAUGUGCCCGAGGGCCUGUUGAUCAAUUUGGACGACGAUAGCUUGGAUCAAGCUAGCCCCACCAGCGCCACUCAUACACCUCUCCUCCCCACCCGUACACCCCCGUUGCCAAAUCGCACUCCUCCUCUCCCGGACAUCACACCCAUGAUACCUGAUCGUACUCCACCUGCGCGUACUCCGCCGCUCCUCCCUAUCGACUACCUCGAGGACGAUGUUGACAGUGACAGUGUUACUGUGGGCAGCUCCAGUCCUCGCGGGCCACUUACGCCAACAUCAACCACGUUGCCAUCUUCGUACACGGUCACACCCCCUGCAUCCGAAUACAUAACUGGCCUCGUUGGCGGCUUGGGAGAUCAUCACCCCCACGAUGACGGUUCAAAUUAUGACGCCCUCCUCCUCAUCUCCGAUUUCAUCGGUCCUGUCACAUUACAUCGCAAUCCUGACAGUUUAGAUGACUGCCUUGUUGGACUGGUAGAACUAGAGAGGCGAAGGGUGACAAGUGAUGGACGUGUGAGGCUGAAGUUGUCGCUGCUGGGUGUGAACGUUCAGAAAUGCACUAUCUGCUUGUCACAGUUCAAAAGUGGGGACCAUGGCGUGUUGGGAGCAAAGUGUCGCCAUGCGUUCCACAAGAGAUGUCUGAUUCCAUGGCUGGCGAGGAACCAGACUUGUCCGCUGUGCAGGGAACACUUGGACGCUCAGAAUUGAAUCCUUUCUUUUUUUCGAAGACCGAUCAUGUCGAACUUUUUCACUCGGAGUUUUACUGGCUAAAUCUCUUCUUACCUUCCUUUGAAUUCAUACUCAUGCCCCACGCUGUACUUCAAUUGACGUUACCUAUGUACUAUAGUCAACGCCCGAUUAUGUUCCACGAUGCAGUCAGGCUAUGUACUGCUUGUUACCAAUAUGUAGCCUUAAUCCUCAGCAAAUUCACUGCCACGCUUUAUCAUCCGAC